AUGGCACACACGAUGCCUACGCCUAUGCAGAUUGGGAUGGCUGGGACGUGGGCUGGGAAGAUUGGGAAGAAGGCUGGAAAGAAGAUGCCUGGUGGACCUACCAGGAGCCGAGGGCGCCGGCGCGAGUGCGCCGUGUGUUGCCCCCAUCUGGGCCAGCCUGGGUCUCUCAGAGUUCCUCGGACAGGGAGUUGGCGCCCAAAGCCCUCAGCAAGGGCCCCGGUAAGGGCAAGGCCAACGGAGCGCUUCAAACGCCGCCAGGCUUGGAGGUCUCUGGCAAGAGCCGGCCGGAAGGGAAGGCCGGGAAGGAGAAAGGAAAGGCGAAAGGGAAGGGUCUAG